AUGAAGCUGGGUCAUGGCCAUAUCCGUGUUUCAGCUCGUGGGAUAGAGAAAGAAAGGCCAAGUGGCAAAUGGUUCUGCCCUCGCCUCCCCUUGGCCUGCGUCUUGCUGGCUGGCGCUGCAGAACCUAGUUCAGAGGACGCAGUCACCGCAGAACCUACUUCAGAGGACGCAGUCACCGCAGAACCUAGUUCAGAGGACGCAGUCACCGCAGAACCUACUUCAGAGGACGCAGUCACUGCAGAACCUAGUUCAGAGGUCGCAGUCACUGCAGAACCUAGUUCAGAGGACGCAGUCACUGCAGAACCUAGUUCAGAGGACGCAGUCACUGCAGAACCUAGUUCAGAGGUCGCAGUCACUGCAGAACCUAGUUCAGAGGACGCAGUCACUGCAGAACCUAGCUCAGAGGACGCAGUCACUGCAGAACCUAGCUCAGAGGUCGCAGUCACCGCAGAACCUAGCUCAGAGGACGCAGUCACCGCAGAACCUAGUUCAGAGGACGCAGUCACUGCAGAACCUAGUUCAGAGGCCGGGGACGGAGUCACCGCAGAACCUAGUUCAGAGGGCGCAGUCGCCGCAGAACCUAGUUCAGAGGGCGCAGUCACUGCAGCCUUUCUCUUCAGCGGGCUGGUCUGA